AUGACGACCUACUCAACCGAUCCAGCUCUAUACAUCUUCACCUCCCUCACCGCCGGUUCGUCACAUAUCGUGACGGCUACAUCGCGACUAGAGACUAUCUUGCGAGCCAAUAGAAUUCCUUUCAAGGCAGUUGAUAUCGCCACGGAUGAGAAGGCACGCAUGCUCUGGGGCCGAAGGGCGGGUAAGGAUGAGGGUGGCCGUCUGAGGAAGCUCCCUGGCCUGGUGCAGGAGGGCUUGGUAUUAGGCGAUCUCGUCGAGAUUGAGGACUGGAACGAAUAUGGCGAACUCAAACAACACGUCAAGAUUUACUACGACGAGCACACAAUCCCCAAUAUCCAUAAUAAACCUCCCGAGCCAGCGAAACCUUCAAAACCGGCUGCGAAGCCCGCUGCCGCUAGUAACACCACCGUUGCUCCCAAGGCUGCACCGCCCAUGCCCGAACCUAAAUCUGGCCCGGAAGCUGCCACAAAAGCCAAGCAUGGCCCGGCCGAGUCCGGCAAGGAAACCACACUACCGAUGCGGGCCGUCGCCGAUGAAGCUGCGCAGAAGGCAAAGGAGCUAAAUCUGAAAAGUCUCCGCGAAAAAGUACACGGCACAAGGGUGAAUGAUGGCUCGCUAGAGUCGUCAAGUGAAACCGCCAUAGCAGAUUCUAAAUCUAGGACCGAGGACGGAGAAAAGACGACCGAUAUCAAAGAGCAAAAGCCACCAGGAUUACAGUCUCCUACCAGUACCGCUUGGAAGAACAAGUCUGGUGAGGAUGCUCUUCGCGAAACUGUGCAGAGCCCAACCAGCGGUAGAUGGCGACCAAACUCGGUAGAUGCGGCCGGUGUCAAGACCCAUAACGGGGCGAGGGUCGUAGCUGCCAGUCCAGAGGAGAUAAAACAGAUUGAGAGAGAGCAAAAAAUAAAGGAGGAGCCGGAACUGGAGGGGGGCGAUGAAGAGAAGGAUAAAGUUGCCCAGAAGGGAAAAGAUGAUCUAAAAGAUGGCGCAAAGAAAGACGAAUCUAAGGAAAACGAGGACGGAGAUAAUGAGGACGAUGAAGGGGAGAAUGAGAAGGAGCGGAAGAGGAGUGAGAAGGCCGAGAAGUCGGGCAAAUAA